CCUCAAUGAAGACGAUGACAAAAUGCAAGGUACAUCCAGACAGGACUGUUGAAUACAAAUGUUCAACUCAUGAUGAACUAAUAUGCGUUUCUUGUUUCGCGAAAGCUCACAGACAGUGUCAAACUAUUGAUGAAAUGACUGUUGAAAAAACUGAAAAACAGUUGGAGAGUGUGGCCCAACAAACGAAACGAUUGCAAAAGGAGAUACAUGAAGUUGGAGAUACCCGUCUUAAAAUGAAGAAAAUGCUGGAUGGAAAUUUAGUUAAGCUUGAAAAAGAUUGUGAUCAGUAUGCUGAGGGUAUGAAAGAACGCAUAGAUACUCUGAAUAUCAAAUUGAAAGGAAACAUUCGCAGUACGAUCGGCGAUCAAGUGGCAAGUUACGAAGGAGAUAUUGACGCGAUGAGUUCUUUACAAAAUGAGCUAAGCACAAAACUAAAACUUAUCAACGAUACACAGAAGUAUGGGAGCGCGAGCGAGCAAGAGGCAAUAUCCAGAUGGACUGAAAACAAUUUGAAGGAAGUAGAAUGUCAAGUACAAAGUUUUCAAAGGAAGACGUCUAAACUCUACAAGAUGUUGCCUGAUCCGCAUCUUGAAACGUUGAGUGACUUAGGUCAAAUACAUGAAUUGAACAAAGAAGAGAUAACAGUUGUGUAUGAACAAGAAAUCGCAAGUUGUUUGAGCGAAGAAGUCAUUGAUGAAAAACGUCCAAAAAAAGAUACAACUCGUUCAAGCAGUUUAGAUGGUCUACACGUUACAGGGUAUUCUUUUGACCGCAAUGCAAUUUUGAGUUGUAAAUCAGUGGACUUCAAUACACUGGUUGCUCAGAGAUAUGCCAUUGCUUCAUUAGAUUGUUUACCAGAUGGAAGAAUAUUGGUCCUUGAUGAUUUGAACAGAAGGCUUAUGGUUUUUAAUUCUGAAAUUGGUUGUUUAUUUUGUUUCUCAUUUCGUGAGAAACCGAUUAACUUUUGCGUUCAGCCAACAGCGGAUAAAUCAAGACAUUACGUAUGCGUUUGCUUUCAGGGCAUCACUGAAGUCAGGUAUUUUGUGGUUAACAAAGAUAAGUUAACAUUUGAUCAUCGGUUCUUUUCAAGACUCCAACCUGUGAGUGUCUCUCCACUUGGAUAUCAGACAGUCAUUCUCUAUAACCGAGAAAGUGCUUGCAUAUUUUACGUUGAUAAUAUAGAAAUUAGGAAGAUGACUAACGAAAUAGUUGGCACCUCAAAUUUCACACGACAAGCACGGAAAAUUCGCGUGUUUGAUAAGUCUAAAGAGUCGGUAAUAUUUAUCUUAAGGAGAAAUUAUGUAUCUAUGUAUGGUAUCAACAAGUCCAAAGAGUUAUUUUCUCCAAAGGACUGGUACGUUGAUCUAGAUAGUGGAGAACCAACAGAUGUUACUGUUGAUGGAAAAAGUGUCUAUGUAUGCUGUAGAAAGAUGAACUGUGUGUACGAUAUCUCACUGAAUGAUAAGUCCAAGAGAAAAGUUAUCAUUGAAAACAUUGAACAGCCGGUUGCUAUUUGUUAUGACAAAAAAAGCAAUCGAUUAUUUGUUGGAUGCAGGGGAUCACCAGUAAUUCACGCCUUCACUCUUUCUUUGAAUUAAAAUUUGUGUUUAUUUACUUUAAAUGAGAAAGUGCUCGUAUUUCUAGUGAAUUUUUCAAACGAAAUGGAAUAAUGAUCUUCAUUUAUGUGGGGAAAAUAUUCAUAUAUGCUCUGUGUAAAGAAAACGUUU